AUGUUAGUUGACCCAAAUGUAGCAGUCACAAUAACGAAAGCCUGUUAUGUCUUACACAACUUCGUACGACGCAGAGACGGUGAAGACAAUAACUUUGAAGACAGUCAGAAUAACCCUAUGGAAAGUUUAGUAGAAAGAGUAGGUGUUAGAAAUUCACAGACUAGUGCAAAGGAUGUCAGAGAAUACUUUGUGACGUAUGUGAAUAACCCAAAUCACGCACUUGGCUGGCAAAACAAAAUUAUUGAUGAGAAUGAUUGGAACGGAGAACAAGGAGUCUUGGAUAAGAAAGAUUUUACAAUCAUUUUAAUGACAAAUUUUCAAGUAGAACAAUUAAAAAAAUUCGGCCACAAUAAAAUUUGUAUAGAUGGUACUCAUGGCACAAAUGCAUAUGAUAUUCAGUUAUAUACUAUUGUAACUGUUGAUGAAUUUGGAUCAGGUUGUYCAGUUGCGUUCUGUUUGUCAAAUCGAUCUGAUGAGAUAAUUUUCCAAUUAUAUUUCAAUAUAAUUAAGCAUAAAGWAGGUGUUAUUAACUGCAAUGUAUUUAUGACUGAUGAUGCUCCAGCGUUCUAUAAUGCAUGGGUUGUUGUUAUGGGAUCYGUUGAACACAGACUAUUGUGUACAUGGCAUGUAGACAAAAACUGGAGACAAAAUCUAUGUAAAAUCAGUGGAGGACCCAAAAAGAAAGCAUUAGUUUACAAAUCAUUAAGAAUCCUUUUACAAACCACAUCUAUAGAACAAUUUUAUAGUUACCUCGAAAAUUUCUUACGAGAUUUGAAGGAUGAUGAUACUAAUAGGUUUGGAAUGUACUUUGAGAAAUAUUAUUCAAGGCGGCCAGAAUGUUGGGCUUAUUGUUUUAGGUUGAGGCUUGGGAUAAAUACGAAUAUGUAUUUGGAAUCGUUUCACAAGAUAUUGAAGCAUAUAUAUUUGGAAGGGAAAAGAGUGAAACGUUUAGAUAAAACUAUUCAUGCUCUCAUGAAAUUUUCUAGAGAUAGUCUUUACAAGCGAUUGAUCAAAUUAUCAAAAUAUGUCCCAACUGAAAAAGUUCAAAAAGUCCGCCWAAGUCAUAACAUCAGUGAAACAAUCGAACUGGAACAAAUUAAAAUUUUGGAAAAUGAGAAAGGGUACAUAAUACACUCAUUAUCAAAUCCUUCCCAACAGUAUUAUAUCAUGAAAGUUGGUGAAACGUGUACACAAACGGCAUGUUUAAAAUGUGAAAAAUGCAAAAUUUGCAUUCAUACUUACCAUUGUUCUUGUAUUGACAAUGUCAUCAAAGCAAAUAUUUGUAAGCAUAUACAUGCUUGUGCUCGUAAUUUCUAUAAACAUUUGGAWGACAAUAAUAKUAWUYAUAAAGAAACAAAUCUUGAAGAACAAAAAAUCUUAUUUGAUAUGAACACAACUUAUACAAAUCACUACAAAAUUGAUCAAAAUCUGAAAAUAAAACAUCAAGCAGAAAUUAUUUUGGGUCUAAMUGGAACAAAUUCAUUAAGUGAUCAAAAUAGAAUACAGAUAGAAAAAAAAUUAAGUGAAGUUAUUACACUCAUGAAUGAAGGAGAAAAAAUAAAACUUACGCCAGUUGAARAUAUCAAUGUWACAAAAAAAAUUGAUAAUCAGAUUCGGCUCUACUCAACUAAAAAAAAAAGCUGUCAUAAAACUCAAAUCUCAAAAUCUUCCAUAAAUGAAACUAAUGCAAUAGUAUCUGGAUUUGAAGAUGUUAAUAGUGAGAGUGCUCAUGUUCACUGUGCAUUUGAUCAUUCAUAUGAUACAAUUUAA